AUGGCCACUGCAAUACUUUUAAUAUUUUUAGUUAUGCAAGCGAAUGCAGUGCGCAUAAUUAAUCCGAACCGAAAAAUUUUACAAGAACCGCCCCUUCUAUUACCAAAGGACCGCAGUCAACAUGAAGUGAAAGAGCAUUGGCUGGAACAACGGCUUGAUCAUUUCGAUGGGAACAACAAUCAAACAUGGCAAAUGCGUUACUUCCAAAAUGAUAAAUAUUAUGAAGCUGGUGCACCACUCUUCAUAUUUAUUGGUGGCGAAUGGGAAAUCUCGAAAGCCUACUUGCUUACAGGACAUUUCUAUGAUAUCGCUUUGCAACACCACGCAAUGCUUUAUUAUGUGGAACAUCGCUUCUAUGGCAAAAGCAUUCCGGAGAAUGAUACUUCCUUAGAAAACCUAAAAUACCUAAAUAUUAAACAAGCUCUAGCAGAUCUCAAUAUUUUUAUUACAACACAAAAACAAUCCAGAAACAGUAUGACAAAUAGUAAAGUUAUACUAGCAGGUGGUUCCUAUGCCGGAAGUAUUGUGGCUUGGUUUCAGAAAAUAUAUCCCGGUUUAGCAACCGCUGGUUGGGCCUCAAGUGCACCGCUAUUUGCAAAAAUGGAUUUUUAUGAAUAUAUGAUAAUUGCUGGGGAAUCUAUAAAACGAAAAGGUGGCUCAACUUGUUAUAAACGAAUAAAGACAGGCAUGGAAGCUUUAGCUGCACAAUUCAAAUUGAAUGCAAGUGAUGAAAUUAUACAUAAAUUGAUGGUUUGCGAUAACUUUGAUACCAUGAAUCCAUUGGAUAUUGAAGCAUUUUUCAAUACCGUCGGCUACUACUUUUCCGAAGUGGUGCAAAGCUAUAGGUAA